AUCUCAGGGUUGAAAAAGAUGGAAGAAGACAGCACAUUGCGGGACAAGUUGCUGGCCGUUCUGGCAGAAUUUAUCGGAACGGCAAUGCUGGUCUUUCUAGGAUGCACAGCAUGCGUGGGCAGUUUGGAAACUCCGCCACCAGCCAUACAAACCGGCCUUGCUUUCGGUAUCGCUGUCAUGAUUGCAGUACAGAGUGUUGGCCAUAUCAGCGGCGCUCACAUUAAUCCGGCUAUUACAGUGGCCACGGUGAUUCUCGGCAAUAAGCCCCUCCUGAUGGCCGGAUUCUACAUCGUUGCACAAUGCUUGGGUAGCCUGGUAGGCUACGGUUUGUUAAAGAUGAUAACGCCGGAGAAUUUGUUGUACGAUGGUAAAGACAAUAAUACGAUCCAUUCCUUCUGCACAACGAAUAUUAAUACAAAUUUAACGGUCGUUCAUGGACUCGUAAUUGAGGUUCUAGCCACGGGAAUAUUUGUCUUUUUCGCCUGCGCAAUUUGGGACUCGCGAAAUGCGAAAAACACCGACUCGGUAGCGAUAAAAUUCGGUCUGUGCAUCACUAUGCUUGCUUUGGCUUUCGCUCCUUACACCGGCUGCAGUAUGAAUCCCGCUAGGACAUUCGGACCAGCGGUCUGGAAUAAUCACUGGGAUGAUCACUGGGUAUAUUGGCUAGGGCCGAUCGGAGGUGCCAUAAUUGUGGCCCUGAUUUAUCGAUGUUUAUUCUCGCCUAAGACGAAAAAUCAGGAGAGUGCUACGCAUGACAUGGAAACUUUCAAUGGCAUCGAGACGUAGAUGGAAUCGCACGUAUGUCCUUUUCUCAACUUGUUAAACCUUGCAUUAUUUUCAUACGGCAUCUAUCAUUAAAAAGUUAAGGAGAGCGCACACAAUGGUAAAAAAUCAGAAUUAAAAAUAAAUUUUUUCCAUAAA